CAAUUUUUAUCGUGAAAAAGCGCGAAAAUGCAACUGAAAAUUGUUGUAAAUAGUGCCGUGCAAGCGGAAAAACACAAUUUUGUACUGUACGUGUUGUAGAUGUCGGUGAAAUUGUGGCAAAAGGUGUGAUUAAUUGUGACUGUAGGGAAAAAUGGCGUCGGAAAAAGAUGCCUUGCACUGUGUUGACGACCCCAAUUUCGCAAUUAUUUGUGCAUUUCUCGACAAAUUCGCCACGCUGUGUGGCGUGGAACAUCCGGAUGUGGCGGAGCUGCAGACGAUGCUAGAGGAUAUGGAGGAAGUGGCGCCUGAGUUGAUGGAUUUGCACAUUAAAUUGAUGCGGAAGACCAAGUACACUGUGCGUCCGGACAAGUGGGAGCGAUCUCUGGUUAAGUUCUCUCAUUCCUUCUCCACUGUGGACGCCUGGGAGCUGGAGAAGUUCGGGUACAAGAAGCUGAGGCUCCCUGUGAGACUACGGAUCCUCAAGGCCUUACUGGACACCCAGUUUGAUUCCAACAUCCGCUUUAAGACGGCCGUCAAUGGGAUUGCCGCGAACGAACUCAGGCCUCUGCCCCUGGGGCGCGACAAAGAGGGUAAUGCUUAUUGGAGCACCUUGGAUCAGAAGUGCAAUCUGAGAAUCUAUCAAGAACACCUUGAUGAAGAGACUUGGCGCGUUGUAGCGACAAAUCGCGAUGAACUGGUGAAACUAAUAGCUGUCCUGAACGGGAAUGAACCCAUUGUGCCGAAUUUGGAGGGUUUGGUGGAUGAGGACAGUAGUAGUAACAGCAAUCAGCUAAUAAAGGGGGAGCAUGUACUGGUAAAGCAGGAUUCAAACUCGACAUCCUUAUCAGAUGAUGCAUUGCUUCCCAAAAGAAAGCAUGAAGAGAGUAAAGAAGUGAAAACAGAAGAGGUAAUUGAAGAGAAGAUCCAAGAAGAUGACGAAGAGAGCAGUGAUGACGAAGAAGAAGAGGAAGAAAAAUCACAUGAACCUCUAGAGAAACUUCCUUCACAGCCUCUAAAGACUGAGGGACACAAGAAUAAAUACAACAAACCAUCGUUAGUGUCGUCAUUUGUAAAGCAGUCUUCAAGAAGCUCGAGAAGUCAGCGGUAUAGCAAGCGAUUGGCUGUUGGAAACGAAAUGGAGGAGGAGAAACUCCAAAUUCCAGACGCAGUGCUAAAGAAACCAAAAGUGGAGCGAUUGACACUGCUGGGAAAAUCAAAUCUUGAUAAAAUCAACAAAUUUAAGAAGAUGGACUCAAAGAAGACGGCUUUCGUGCAGGAAGAGGAAUCCUCAGAAGAGCAAAAUGAGGAGGACGAGUCCGGCGAGGAAGAAGAAGAAGAGGAAGAAGAGGAGGAAGAAGAAGAACAGGAAGAGGAAGAGAGUGAAGAUGAAGUUAUCGAAGAACCCGUGAUGAUUGUGAAGGGAUCCGGGAGUGGAAGGGACUGUGAAGGUGGGAAUGCAAUGUUUGAGUGCAGUGAGACGAUAGAGGAGGACACAUUGUAUAUUUUCGGUGAGGGCAGUGGUGCUGAUUGUGAUGUUGGAAACACAAAAGAUGAUGAGAAAUCGCCAACACAAUCGAAACCGAUGUUCUUCUUUGGUCAACCUGGUUGUCUGAAGCUCAGCCCAAUGAAGCAGCCCGUAUCUUUGGGGUUUGGCUUCGGGGAAAAACCAGAAGUGAGUGAAGAUGAGAAGAGUGAGUCAGGAAAUUCGGCGAAUGACAAGAAGGGUUACUGCAGUGAAGAGACGGGAGAGUGUAGUAAAGAUAAUGUGAAAACAGAAGCCUUAAAAACCAGUGAAAAUGAUUUGAAAAAUGACCAAGAGAAACAUGAAGUGGAUAAAGUGUCAAAUACAAGUGAAGAAACUUUGGAAGUGUCGACAGGGAGUUCGCAGCCAACAGAAUAUAAACCUGAAAAGGAAGAAGAAACAGGUAAAGCUGAAGUGUUAACUGUUGAGACAACUGAAGAAAAGUUAAUAACUGAAGAGAAAGAUAAGAAAAUUGACACUGUUGAAAAACCAACUCAAGAAAACAUCGAUGAAAGUGAGAUAAUUGAAAAUGUGGAAAAAAUGGAAAUUAGUGAAGAAUCAACGGCGAUUCCUGAAGAUCCGGUGGCAAAUGUAAAAGAAGAAGAACCUUUAAAAGAAACUGUAGCUGAGGAAGAAGCAAUUGAAACUUCUGAACAACCGCCUGAAAUUCCUAAGACGAAGGAUGAUGUACAAAUGGAUACAGAGACUGUAGAGGAAGAAAAACCACCUGUUGAAGAAGCAUCUAAUAACAACGCAACAAACAAUCAAGAAUUAUUAUCUUUAGAUUUUUUACAAGAACCAAAAACAUCUGAAGAAGGGAAAAUGUCAAAAGUAGAUGAAAUGGAGGUUGAUGAAAUUUCUGAGGAGACAAAGGUGGAUUUGAAAGAAAUGGAAGAAAAUCCAGUAGAAAUACCAAGCAUGGAACAACAGCAAGAUAAACAAGAAAAGGAUAUUACUGAAAAUGAUUUACUCAUUGAUGAGGAAUUUAUUGAAGAUCAAGAAACUCCACAAGGAAGAAUAUUCACUGAGGAUGAAUUGCUUCGGGAUGACAGUGAUAUUGAGGCACAAACUGUUGUUUCUGAGAAACAUUCAACGUCAGAAACAGAAAAAAGUACGAUUGCGACAGUAAUGGAAGAUAAUAAAAUGGAAUUUACCAAUGAGCCUUCAGCAUCACAUGAUGAUUCCGUGAUUACGGAGAAUAAAUCAGAGAAAAAUGAACUUUUAGAAGUAGAGGAAGACGCUUCAAUAACAGAAGAAUCUACCACUGACAAACCUUCAGCAACAAUUGAUGAUUCCAUAGUUCAGGAAAAUAUAUCAGAGGAAAAUGAACCUUCAGAAGUCGAGGAAGACGUUUCAACAAGAGAAGAAUUUUCCACUGACAAACCUUCAGCAACAGCUGAUGAUUCUAUAGUUCAGGAGAGUUUAUCAGAGGAAAUUGAAUCUGAAAGAGCCGAGGAAAUUGUUUUAAUAACAGAAGAACCUGCCACUGAGCCUUCAGUAUCACUUGAUGAUUCUGUGCUUACGGAGAAUAUAUCAGAGGAAGAUCAACCUUUAAAACUCGAAGAAGACGCUUCAAUAACAGAAAAGUCUACCACUGAGCCGUCAGCAUCACAUGAUGAUUCUGUGAUUACGGAGAAUAAAUCAGACAAAAAUGAACCUUUAGAAGUCAAGGAAGACGCUUCAAUAACAGAAGAAUCUACCACUGACAAACCUUCAGCAUCAGUUGAUGAUUCUAUGCUUACGGAGAAUAUAUCAGAGGAAAAUGAACCUUCAGAAAUCGAAGGAGACGCUUCAAUAACAGAAGAAUCUACCACUGACAAGCCGUCAGCAUCAGUUGAUGAUUCUAUAGUUCAGGAAAGUUUAUCAGAGGAAAUUGAAUCUGCAAGAGUAAAUGAAGGAGUUUUGAUCACUGAGGAACAACCUAAUGAACAGUCAUCAACAUCACUUAUUGAUUCUACAAUUCCGGUGAGUAAACCAGAAGAAAAUGAAUCAGUAAAAAUGGAUGAAGAAUUUUUGAUCAUUGAAGCACAAACAAUUGAUAAGCUUUCAACGUCGAAUAAUGAUCAUUCAAUUCCAAAGGGUGAAUCAGAGAAAAUCGAGCCUGCAAAUGUCGAUGAGGUUUUGAUUACAGAAGAAACUAUUGAUACUCCAAGUACAGAAUCUCCUAAACUAAAUGAAGUUGAAGAACCUGAGCAAAUGCAGCUGAGGAGUGAAACAGAAAUUCAGUCACACCCUGAUAAUGUUGAAUCUUCUGAUAUAGCCGAAAAAGAUACGAAGACAGAAUUUUCUGAUCAAUUAUUAAACGUCUCUCUAGAUAAGAAUUUAGUAAACACUAAUGAAGUUAUGGAUGAAAUUCCUCUGGAUGAGGAAAUGUCUGAUGAAAAACAUAAAGAAGUUAAUGAGUUACCAGCAGUUGUAGAAAAUAUUGAAGGCGAAUCCUCAAAAUGCAUAGCAGAACAAGAAGAGGAAAUAUCAACUAAAUAUGUAGAAGAACUGAUUGAUAAAACUUCUGAAGAUUCAGUUCCACAGGAUGAUGUAAUGGAAAGUAAAGCGGAAGAUGAACAGAUAUUGGAAGAUAUAGACUCUCCUGAAGAUCUUGAAUUGGAAUCUCAAGAAAGUGUAACAGAAAAUCAACUUACAAAUUUAGAUUGUGAUAAUGUUGAAGCUAUCGCUGAGACUUCACAACAGACUAUUGAGAAAGAGGUAAAAGAUCAAAGUGAAAUGGAGAUUCCCUCGGAAAUUGCGCUAAAUGAAUGCGAUCCUGUAAAGGAUAUUCUUAAUGAUGAAACUAAAGUUGAGGAGAGUUCAGAAGAUAUACAGUCUGUGCCUGAAACUGCAUGUGUUCCUAUGGAAUUGGAGGAAUUGCCUGAGCCUCAAAUAGUCACAGAAGCAAACACUUCUUUAGCGCAUGAGAAUAAUGAAGGUGAUAUGAAGGAAUCUGCAACUUCUGCGAUUGAUUGUACACCGAUGGAGCUUGAAGAUGAUCCUGAAACUUCAACAUUUGAGCUUGUGACGCACGAACAAUUUGACGAAUCUUCAGUUGGCAGUGGAGGUAAAUUGACGAUCGAUGAAGUUCCUAUGGAGUUGGAAGAAGCAGAAGAAGAUGUUCCUGAUAAAUCCAUAGACGUUGCUAAACAACCAACAGCUGAAGAGAUUGUCGAGGAAGUAAAAGAGGAAGAAAAACCAGUUGAUGAAGUGCCUAAACCAGUCAAGAUUUCACAGAAUGUAGAAUUAAAUCGAGUAGAAGAGCAGUCAGAAACUAUUGCAGCGUCUAAGGAUGAAUUUCUUGAUGAUGAUAAUCUGAAAUCGAAGGAUUUGUUGGAAAAAAUUCCUAUAGAAUCUGGCGAAGUGAAAGAUGCUGACGAAGAUUCUCUCUCAUCGCCAGAAUUCGAUGAUGGGCCUCCAUCAGCAGUGUCUGACAAACCAGAAUCCCCGAAGCCUGAUUUGCCUGAGAGUGUGCCUGCGCAGACGGACAAUAAUAAUGAGAUGAAGAUGUCAGAGGAGGCGCAGGAAGAGAAAGUUUUGGAUAUGUCAGAAGUGAAGACAUUGGUGCAGGCAAAGACAUUCUUUCCAGAAGCUUCAACAGUACAGACAAUGGAAAGUCAUGAGGGGAAAAAGAGGAGAUUAUCUGAUGAUGCAGUCUUGUCUGAUGAAGGAAAAAGGGUGAAAGUAGUUGAAUGUAAAAAGGAUGAGCGGAUGGAAGUGGUGCAUGAGGGAUUGAUAGGGCUUGCAAAGAAAGUGGAAGAAGUAAAUGAUGAAUCUGCAUUUGAGGCAAUUAAGGAAGAAGUAAAGGAAGAAGUGCAGGAAGUGGAAUUGAAAAAAGUCGAAGAGAAUGAAGAAAAGUUACCAGAACAAAAACCAGAUUCAAUUCUGAAUUUGUCUAUGGAUUAUGAACCACCAGCGACAAUUAUAAGGGUGGGUCGGAAGACUCGAGGAAGAAGGCCAAUUGAAGUGGAGCAGGUUCAAGCUGAGGAGAUGAAAAUAGAGUCGCCAAUUGCGGAAGUGAAGCCAGAGAAGACAAGAGGAAGGAAACCAGUAAAGGCGGAGGAGAAAGAAGACGCUGAUGAACAGCUGGAAGACUUGAUACCAGUGUCUAAGAUUGAUAAGAACCAGAUUGUAACUGAGAAGGAGGAAACUGAAGCCAAGGAGAGUGUUGUUGAAAAGAAGCCAUUAAGUGGACGAGGAAGAGGGAGAGGACGUGGUGGCCGAAGGCCUCAGAAUAUGGCUGAAGAUUUCGACAAGAAGAAGACGAUUCGUCGACUGGGUUUGGACAUUGAUGAGAAUGCCAUCAUCGAAGAGCCUGACGAUCAGCCUGUGGUGAGACAGUCGCGGAGGAUUGCACAGCUGAAGAUUAAGGAAGAGGCAGAGAGGCGGAAAAUGGAAGAAAUCGCUUUGCAGAAGAUGAAAGAGGAAGCUAUAAGAAAGAAAAAGCAGGAGCAGGAUGACUAUGUGCCUUCACCGGAGUCAGACAGUGAUGAGGAGUAUAAGCAGAAUCUGGAGAAGAAGAAGAGAGGACCUAAGAAGAAGUCAAAUCAGGCGAAAUGGCAUUCCGGCACCGGAACAUCCGAGAGUGAAGAAGAUGUGGAAGAGGAGGAGGAUGGAUUGGAGCCUGAAUAUGUGGGAUCUCCGCUAUUUAAGUCUGAUCAUGAAUUCUCUCCUGAGAGUGAUCUCGAGGAUGAUAGUGGAGUGCCUACAAAGAUGGCGAGAACAGUGAGGAAGGAUCCUGAGGAUGCAGAAGACGAUAAUCCUGAUCAUGCUUGUCAAAAGUGUGGGAAGCACGACCAUCCGGAAUGGAUUCUGUUGUGUGACAGCUGUGACAAGGGUUACCAUUGCUCCUGUCUGAAGCCAGUGCUUUUUGUUAUUCCAGAGGGUGACUGGUUCUGUCCACCCUGUCAACAUGGCAAAUUGCUGGAGAAUCUUAAUGCAAAGCUUGGAGAAUUGGAUGGGAUGAUUGAGGAGAAAGAGAAGGAAGAACUAAGGUUGCAGCGUCAAACCUUCAAUUCUGUGUGUCAGGAGAACAUUAUCAAGGCGGAAGAGAUGUCUAAAGCAACUUCUCGCAGUCGAAGCAGGAGCAUUAAGGCCAAGUCAUCAUCGUCCUCUUCAUCAGAUGACAACAGUUCAGACAAUGAGCCAAUCUAUAAGCUGAGAAAGAGACGGCAGGCCAAUGUGAGCUAUCGCUUCAAUGAGUACGAUGAUCUCAUCAAUUCGGCGAUCAAGGAUGAGAUCGCGGUGAUGGAGGAGGGCUUGUCACCAUUUGAAGAUGACGUGCCCGUCACUGGUGCUGGUAAUCUCGGAAGGGGAAAGGACAUAUCGACUAUUAUAGAGGCGGAUAAGGAGGAAAAGCUGAGACAAUUGGAGGCACAGACUGAGAAGGAAGGCGCACCAACAGACAAGAGCGAGUCAGAGGCUGAAACUCCAGCUGCGGUGAAAAAUGAGGAGAGCAGUGAUUCUGAACCUAUUCGAUUAAGUGGGAGAAAGAAAAUUGCCCUGCAAAAGAAGAAAAAUCGCAAGCUUAACACACUGGAUAUCAGUUCGGAGGAUGAUGGAUCCGAUGAGGACUUCCAGGAGAGUUCUCCUGACUCUGAGGACUCGGCUGAAUCGCUAUCGAGUGGCAGUGAGAGUUCAAUGGAGUUGGAAUUGCUGCGUAAGAAGAACAAUAAAGCCGGUAUAACGACUAGGAGAUCUGUGAGGUCUCGUCAUAAGGUCUACGAUGAGGACUUUAUAAAUGACAAUGACUCUGAUGAGCCAGAGGAGCCGCCGGCGAAAAAGAAGAGGAAGAAGGAAGAUUCUGACUUUUCUGACUUCGAUGAGUCAGAUGAUGAGGAUGAGGACGAGGAGGAUAUCGAUAGUGAUGAUUUGUGUGAUGACACGGAUUCUGGGAGUGACAGUGAUGACUGGAGAUCUCGUAAGAAGAAAGCUCCACCCAGGAAACCUCCCCCAAGGCCUUCCGAUAAGCCCUCGAUGGUGGCGAAGAAAAAGCCGAAGAAGAGAGAAGAUGAUGAGGAGGAGACCUUUAGAGUGGGCUUAAAGAAGAAGAAGUCAGAUGCUCUAAAGUCGGAUGAUGAGCGCGAAGUCACACGAAGAACUCGUGGGAAAAAGAUCAAUUUCCUGGAAGAUUACUACGAUGAUAGUUCCGAUGAUGGCAUAAAGCCUGGUGUGAAGCGUCCAGAUACUCCGCCUGAGGAGCGUGAGAUGUUCAUCAAGAAGCAAGAGGAGAUCAAAAGAAUGCUGGCAGCGAAGAAUACUGAAGGAGCUAAAGAGAUUGCAACUCCAAAGUUGGAACCAUUGCGCGUGAGGCUCUCGGAAGCACCAGCUUCUCCACCUGAGGAUGCUGUUCCUGGCGUAAUACCUUCAGAUUCAAUCUCAACGGUCCCUCCUCAGGUUAUUCAAACCGCCAAGGCUCUCGAUGUUGACUUACGACCAUCAGCUGCGGCUUCCAUUCCGGCUGCUGAUUUCAAUCCGGAAGACAUGAAUGAGGAAGAGAUAGCGAAAAUGAUGGAGGAUGAAUCUUUUGCACAGCAACAGCUGAAGUUGGCAGGUGAGGCUAUCAGGAAUAAGAAGCUGAGGGAGGCUGAGAUGAAUAGGAAAGCUGAGGCUAAGGAGAAAUUGGAGGCAAUGCCGGCAGCACUCCCUACUGCUGCUCCUCCUCCUCCUCCUCCUCCUCUGACUGUUCCCACUUAUCCGCCCGCGCAUCAGGAGCCGAGUCAAAUGCUGCCUGGCCAGAUUAGGAUACCCGUUGCUCCUCAGUUAGCUGGUGGUCAACGUCAUCCGUUGCAACACCCAGUACUGAGACCCACUGUUCCGAUGCCCUAUCCGCCGGGUGCAAUACACAUGCAGCAGCCUCUUCAUGAGAUGGAUCCUGAGCAUCCAUCUGUGAAAUUAACCAAGGCUGGAUUGGUGCCAAAGAAGCGUGGUCGGAAAUCUAAGCUUGAACUUCAAGCAAUGGCUGAGGCGAAGGCACGAUCGGAUCCAUUCUAUCCGGGACCAACUUCUGCACCGCCAACUUCUAUGCCACCAUCUUCGAUUACGGCCCAAUUGGCCAAUAUGGAGCGACCGUCAGUGCUUCAGGCGCCGAAUGCUGUGGUAUCAGCAGCUGGAGAACCUGUAAUUCCGACUACAGUAUUGUCUGUACAGGGAAGUCCAUCAGCUGCUGAAUCUAAGAUGGAUCUGGAUCCAAAGAAGCGUGGCAGGAGGAAAAAGAUCACCCCAUUGAGAGACAAUAUUCCUGGUGCACAGAUCACUACGAUUUCUGGAGCUAUGAAGGGUGAUUCUGAGCCUACAUCAUCCAAUCCAAUUCUGGCUGAGAGACUGGAAGCGCCUCCAGCAGCAUCAGAAGCCAAUAAGAAAGUGACACCAUCUCAAUUGUAUCCUCCCGGAAGCAGUGGUGGGGCUAUUCUGUCCAGAUUACAGCAGCAAAUGAGACCUUUGCCAGGACCUUUCGGUGCUCAAGGUUUACCAGGAUCACGGUAUUUUCCUUCACCUCAUCAUUUGGGACACUCAUCGCUCAAUAUGAGCCUGCAUCAUCUGAGGGCAAAUUUUGCAGGAACACCUCCAUCAUCCUCUGCUGCUGGUUCUGUGAAUAAUGGUUUGAGCGACAGGCCAGGAUUGUACGUCUCACCGGAGCAGCGUGGUGUUCCUGGACCACAUGGGAUCUUCAGAGGAUCUGGGCCAAUGUAUCCUGGUCAUGGCUAUCAAGGACAACAAUCACUGCUUCAUCAUCAACUGCAAUCUCUGGAUCCUGCGCUUGGGAUCCGUGGUCCUCCUCCACAGGAGUAUCAGAGUCCUUAUUUACCACCCCAAUUCGGUGGAUUCUACGCUCCUCCAUCACAAGCGGCACAACAGCAAGCAACAACAGCCUCAACGGCAUCACCAACUGUCGCUCCUGCUGUAACUUCCACGCCAGCAGCCUCAACGGAAGAGUCUCCGACCACGACUUCUACGGCUAGUGCCACAACUCAGGCAGUGCCGUACAGUCAAUUCGAGACGCUGAAAUCCUCGUCACCGCACAGCUACAGCAAUUCACCUGCGCAUGUGGAGCAACAAGGCAGCUCGAGUGAAUUUAGUGGACUCGUGAGCUACUUUAGCUCACAGCAAGAUGAUCUGGAGUCAUAAAAGAGAAUCACGUAAGUAAUUUAUUUGUCACAAAAGAAGGGAGAAGAAAACUAUGUAUGCUGUGUAUAUAAAAUUUUCAGAGUUCUUACCAUUAUUUAUACAUAGUCUAUAGGGUUUAGAGAAGAAGAUUAUUGAAGAUGGGAGACUUUAGUAUGUUUCUACAAGCAGAUAUAGUGUAUUUUUUGAGAGUAUACUAAACACUGCAUAAGAGCAAGUAAAAUGGUAUAAUUGAUAUUUCUUUUGCUAGAUUGUACGAAGGAGAAAAAUGUAAUUUAGAUCAAAUAUUAGAUCCCGUCCGUUCUCUUGAAUGUUGAGAAUAAAUACAAUUUUAUUGAUUGUUUGAGAGAAUUGGACAAGGAAUGGAAGAUUCCUCAUUGUUUCCAUUUUUGAGUGAAGAGAUAAAAAAGAGAAUUCUCUCUGAAGAAGAUGUUUUAUUUUUAAGAAAAAAUCAACAUUAAAUGCAAUUGAAGAAAAAAUUAUUUGGUAGGGCCUAGUAAAGAAGUUCUAUAUUGUCUAUAAUAACUCUAAAAAUAAUAUUUAUUUAACAUGAAAAGCAUUAAGAAGAGACAUUUUUGCAUUAAAUCAUCACAAGAGAGAUAAAAAAAAACGAUAAACUAAAGCAAAUAAUCAUCAAAAGUGAGCGAAUGAAUUGUCACAUAUAACUAUUAAUUGAAAGUUAAAUUUAAUUACCAUUUAAUAAGAGAAUUAAGAGAAAAAUAUAGUGUAAAUGUAUGUAAAGUUGCAUAGGACGAAGUGCAUAGUGUUUACAAGGAAUGAGAGAUGCUAGUGAGUUAAGAAGGAAGAAUAUGUAGGUGAAAUAUACCAUUUAUGAUAAUGAGA